AUGGGCCAAUCUGCGUCCAAGGACACGCAACAGUACCGCGAGGGGUAUCCGGGACUGCAGGACGAUCCGAGCGAGAAGAGCAACGCCGAGUUCUACCUCAACCUCCGAGCCAGUGAGCCAUCCGGCGAUACCAUUGAGAACAUCCACAAGCAAUGGUGGGGCAACUACGAGCUGCUUGAGCGCCAUCAUGGCUACAUUCAAUGGCUCUUCCCCAUUCGUGAACAAGGUCUCAAUCAUCGUGCUCAUCGUCUGCAUCUUCAUGAAAUCGCUACCAUCAAAGCCGAUCCUGUGGCUCUCGCCAGACUCAUCACCUCGUACAAGAUGAUGCUCGACUUUUACGGCAUGGUCCUCCUGGACGAGUCCACAGGUGCUAUCGGCCGCAAGGAUGACAACUACCGCGCUCGUUACGCCCAUCUCAACUCCUCCUAUCACAACUACCUCCGCAUCACGCGCAUUCUCAAGUCGCUCGGCGAGUUUGGGUUUGAGCACUACAAAGCUCCCUUUGUUCGCCAUGUCAUGACAGAGAUCUUUGUCCACAAGAACCUCAUCCGUGCCCGCGACUCGUGCAUCAACUACUGGGCGCCCGUCAUCCGCGACGAUGCCGCCCGUGACGCACUCGAGGGCGAGCUGGCCGCCUUUGUCAAGUCCCAGCCCGUCGCCCGCUAUGAUCCCUACGCCCGCUACCGCGCUGCCGCCGCUGCCUAUGCAGCCUCUCAUCCGAGCGACGACGACAGCGACGACGACGAUGAGAACGGCAAUGGUGGCCAAGCCGAGCUCGAAGACGAUUCGUACGAGUGGUCGUCGACCGAGGGUAUCGACGACGAGGCUCCUGCCGAACUCCUCGAUGCCCUCACCGCCCGCAUCUCCGCCAAACUCGAAGCCCGGCUCUCGAUGAGCCACGCACCAUCGCCAUCGCGUGUUGAUGCAGCUGCCAGCGGCGACAGGGUCGCCCGCCUCGCAGCUACGUCUGUCAUCGAGCAGCUCUCGGCCGCGUGCGUGGUGUGCAUGGAAGUGUACUCGAUGACGACCGAGGCGCUCCGGCCGGUCCUCCUCGUCCCUUGUGGGCACACGCCGUUCUGCCAUGGCUGCUUCCUCGCCUUCUCCAAGCGCUCGGCCCAGCACGUCUGUCCGCUCUGCCGUGCGCCCAUCUCCUCGCAGACGCCCAACGUGGUCCUCGGCCAGAUGAUGGACGCGCUCAAGACGGCCGAGCCGGCGACUGUGACCAGCAGCGCCAGCCUUGCGGGCGACUCUGCCGCAAACAGCUUGCCCGACCCUGCCUCGUGUGCAGCCGAGGAGGCCCACCUCGCCGCGCUGCUCGAGCCUACUGGCGCGAGUGUCGGCCGCCACGACCUCGCCCUCGCAGCCCGCUACCUCAAGGAUCUGCGGUCCAACUCGCUCCGCCUCGACGUUCUCGCUGCUGAAGCGAGCCAGGCCCAUGCCGACCACCGCCACUUUGUUGCCAAGGCCUCUGCGGGGGAACUGGUUGCGCAUCACCUCGCCGACGAGCGCGGCGCGCUCUCGGCACGUAUUGACGCCUUGCUCGCCGAGCGCGCUGCUCUCGACGCACAGAUCGCGAGCCACAGCAGUAAGCUCACUGCCAUCGCCCGCGAGGCCCAGCUGGCGGCCGACGAAGCCGCUCUCUUGGACGAGACCAUCGCGGGCGUGAAGCGCCAGACAGCCAAGGCGCGUCUCCUACUCGACGGCCUUCUCCCACCCGGCAUCGCGGCAGCUGCCACCUCUGGAGACUACAUUCUUCAAUAA